AUGAAAUUUACUGCCCCGAACGUCGCCCUCUUCCUCCUCGCCGCCCUCCAGGCCACCGCAACCUCCGUCCAUGCCACCCGCUUCUGCAAGGAGCAUGGUGCCCUCAUCCCCGUCACCGUGGUGAGCGCCACAUCUCCCGACGCUGACGGCCUGAAGGACGGCUUCGAGGUCUUCCGCGACCUGCUGGGCGGGGAAAACAACGGGAACGGGGCGGCGCCCUCCGCGGAGGGUCACCGCCAGGUGAACUGGGACGCACCCAUAGUGCCCUUCGACAUGCCGGGCGACUUCUUCGCCACGACUGUGGACCGCGGCCUCAACCUCCGCUCCAAGCGCGACGAGUUCCGCGUCAGCAACCCCGACCCCAAAGACGGCCCCAAGGACGACCUGUUCGAUUCCAUCAGCCCCAGGGCCGCCAAGGACUUCCAGACCUUCUCCGCCUUUCGCCUUUUCACGGUGGCGGGCGGCGACAACGAAUUCGUAGCGGAGUUCACCGUGCCCGGAAGCCAUAAAGAGGCCACCGUGGCGGGCUUUGGCGCUGUGCUGGUCGAUGUUGACCUUAGCCACAAGACCACGCUGACGUUCUACGCCGACAGCGGCUGCAUCAUCGCCCAGGAAGAUGCCAAGGCCCUCAAAGACGGCCUCUCGUUUGUGGGCCUCGUCUCCCAAUCGGAAAAGUUCCCCAUUGCCAAGGUGGAGGUGGAGCUGGGCACCAAGGCGAUCGACGACACCAGCCGCUUUCGCGGCUUUGCGGACUUCGUCGUCAUGGACGACUUCUUGUACAGUGAGCCCCAGGAGCUCCACUAA